ACCACCAGACCGAAUUGACCAGAGUGAACCUGAAACUGAGGAACUAUUCGUUUUGUUUCGCACCGCAAGUACGCGAAAACAAGUUCUUCCAGUAACGUGUAGCAAAAAUCUGCGCGUUUUGACGCAAAACUUGGAAGAUGUUGAAAGAAACGUGACGUGACGUGAAUACGAGCCGAUCGAAGACGUGACGAGAGGGGGGAAAGAAAGAAAGAAUACAGGUGAUACGAGCAAACAUUUCGCGACCAACAACACCGCUCACUUCGAUAGAACUUACGUUCAAGAAUCAUAAGUAAACUCACUUUCUGUACCUUAAUCUCCCCCGGUGGGCAAGGACUUUGUUAAAUAAUUUUUUUUUUCUUUCUUUUUUUUUUUUUUUUGACUUGGACACGUGCCCCCUUUGUGGUCUUCCACCCCGUCCGUCCUAUUGUGGCAAUAAUUAUAAUAACAACAAUAAUAACGCGGUUGCGUCAGCGCCCGGCGUUUACUCGCGCGCACGCACGUGAUCCGAGGGGGGUGAGCCGGGAGCGCGCUCCUCGCCCGCGGAAGGUUAGCGAAUGUCUCGAGGACAGGGAAUCGAGAACGCGGCCGCCGGGAUCGAUUGGAUUAAACUCGAAUCGAGUGAAAUUAACACAAAGGAGCGCGAGCGCCGGAGCGGGUCCGCGAGGACGGGACGGCACGCGGAGACGCCGAAACCAACAACCUGCGCACAGUUCAACACGUUUACGAGCAGGGAGAAGUGGAAAUACAUACUAAGAACUCUUUUAUUCACUACUGCACACAGCCGGCCGGAGUGAGCCGGCCACGGAGCUACGGGGCUAACGCAGACACGGUCCCGUAACCCGACUUUGCCUGACACCGCAUUGUCUGAAUGAAUUAAGGAAAUAUGGAGUGACAUGCAGAAGAUUAGUUAAGGGAUUAAAGGCUUUGAGGACAUACACCUCAGCAGAGGCCGAGAUUGGCCACGUUGCUUGUCACUGAAGCCCCCACGGGAGGGAAGUAGCCAUGGCCGACCCCGGCAUGAUGAGCCUGUUCGGGGAUGACGCCAACCUGUUCUCAGAGGGGCUUGAGGGCCUGGGGGAGUGCGGCUACUCGGAGAGCCAGGUGAACCCUCUUGGCCAGCCCAUGCCUAUGGACCAGGGCUACCUCCACCACCCAACACAAGCGGCCCCCGGCCAGCCGCAGCCAAAGCUCGGCCACUUCGACCACUUCAGCCAGUACGAGCAGCAGAAGAUGCAUCUGAUGGACCAGCAAGGUGGGAGCCGCAUGUUGGGAGGUGCCCCGGGCAAUGGCAUGUCCUCCCCACACUCGCAGUACCAUAGCCCUGCUACACCAGUCUCUCAUGGUGGUGGUGGACACCCAGCCUACACAGGUCUCCAGGGGGACCGUCACAACCAGCAGUUUAUCGACAGUGGGUCUAUGUGGGGACCUCGAGCGGUGCAAGUACCUGACCAAGUGCGCCCCCCAUUCCAACAGCCGCAGCAGGUAUCCCCCCAGCAGUCUGGACCUUCUGGACCCCCAGGUCACAUGCAACAGAUGGGCCCAUAUAUGCCACGAGGGGAGUACCCCAUGCAGGCGCAUAGCCAGAUGCCUACCCCACCAAGGAUAAACCACUUUUCCCAGGGCCUGCCACCAGAGGGUGGCCGGCCUCCAGGCUCCAACCACUUCAUGGGCAGUAUGGGUCCGCAGCCGGGCGCCGGCAUGGUGGGCAACCCGAUGCGCCACCCUGUGCAACAGCAGCAGCCCCAACAGCAGCAGCCGCAGCAGCAGUUCCACCAUCGGCCCGCACCAGGCUCCAUUCACCCCGACACAGUGGUCCACAACCCUCGCUUUUCACCCAGCCCAUCACAGCAACAACAGGGUCCCCCAGCACAGCAGCAAGCGCCAGGGAGACCCCAGCAGAACAUGGGCUUUAAUCCUCGCAACCCAUCGGCACAACCCAACGCGGUGAACAACUCAGGGCAGUACGCGCCCUACUCCCCGUACGGCGCCAGCCACAAUCAGGGAUUAGUGAACAGCACCGGCAUGGGCCCUGGCCUGGGUCUGGCUGCUGGUGGAGCUCCUAUGCCGCAGGUGUCACGCUACCCUGGUACUGGUUUCCCUUCCGGUGCACCGCAGGGCCUUAUGCACCAGCAGCCCAUGCUUGCCAACCAAAUCAACUCCCAAGCUAUGCACCCUUCCCAGCAGCAGUCGCCGGCAAAGCAGCAGCCACCCCCGCAUCAGGGCCCCUACGGUUCCUCUUCACCCAUGUCCCCCCUGAAGGCCAUAAGCAAUCCUGCCGGCACACCUCCCCCACCGCAGCAGGUGCGCCCUCCCAGUGCUGGAAUGGCAAUGGAUGUGGGCGGUUACCCCAGCAUGCCACAUCAGCCUUCUGGGGCCAUGGGGCUGUCCCAGAGGAGCAUGGGGCCACGAAGUAUGGCUCAGCAGCAGCCCGGUCCCCAGCCCUACAUGGGUCUGUCACCUAGCCAGAGGGACAUGACUGGCCCACUGAGGCCCCCAGGUGGUCUUGGGGGGAACCACAUGGACGCUCAGGCCAUGCAGGAUCAGCGGAUCCUCUCAGCCCCACCACACCCACCUCAGCACCCAGGGCAACCCCUCCCAGCCCCGCUGCCUUUCCAGAAACAGCAACAGCAGCAUCUGCAGGCAUGCGCCCCUAUGCAGCAGCAGCCACCGCAGGCACAUCUGUCAAUCCAUCACCAGACUUCCCCACAUCACCAGCCGUGGGCGCAGCAGCACUCGUCGCCGCCCACCACCCAGAAAGUGCCUGUUCAACAGCCUUCGCCAUCAGAUCCAUCAGUUGAGACAUUGGCCUCUGACAAGAUGGCUGCCAUGGGCCCCAACCCCCAGACCCCAAGUAGCAGCGGGCAGCCAGCCGAGGGUGAGCAGAAGCCAAAAAAGAAGAAGAAAAAGAAAGCUAAGGGGAGCUCCGAGGAGGAAGAAGGGGUCCAGGGUGCGGGGGAGCUCCCGGUGGACAGCCUGGGUCUUGUGGGUAGCCCUGCUGGCAAGCAGUCAGCGGAGGAAGGUAAGAAGAAGAAGAACAACCCCAAAGAGAAAAAGGAGCCCAAGACCCCUAAGGAGCCCAAGAUACCGAAAACACCUAAAGAGCCCAAGGAGAAGAAGGUGAAGACAACGAUGCCGAAGACCAAGAGUGCCAAGAAGCCCAGUGGUAAGAAGACAUCUGACACUGAUGUGAGCUCUGGGAAGAAGGAAACUAAACGCAAGCGGGAGUCUUCAGACAACUCGGACACAGAGAGAACCCCACCUGCUUCGCCGGAGGAGGAUGGCGAUCUGGGUGUUCAGAAGCGACGCUCAAGCCGUCAGGUGAAGAGGAAACGCUACACAGAGGACCUGGAGUUCAGGAUCUCUGACGAGGAGGCCGAGGAGGAUGAUGGCAGUGUGCAGAAGUCCCCAUCAAAUGCAUCCCAGUCAGAGCAGCAGGAGGCACCUGAUGCGGAAGGCCCUGUUGUGGAAAAAAUCAUGGGCAUUCGGAUGAGCAAGAAGAAGAUGGAGUCUGGAGAAGUGGAAGUCGAAGAAUUCUACGUCAAAUUCAAGAACUUCUCGUACCUGCACUGCCGCUGGGCAGACAUAGAGGAGCUGGAGAAGGACAAGAGGAUUCACCAGAAAGUGAAGCGGUUCAAGGCCAAGCAGUCGCUCAAUUCUUUCCUCACAGAGAUGGAUGACGAACCAUUCAACCCAGAUUACGUGGAAGUGGAUCGGAUCCUUGACGUGUCCAAAAUCACAGACAAUGGAGAGUCUGUCACUCACUACCUGGUGAAGUGGUGCUCCCUCCCCUACGAAGACAGCACCUGGGAGCUGAAGGCCGACAUUGAUCAGGCCAAGAUCGAGGAGUUUGAGAGACUCAUGGCCAGAGAGCCCAAGCUGACGCGGGUGGAGCGACCUCCCGCCAGCGACUGGCAGAAAUCCGAGAGUUCCAGGGAAUACAAAAAUGGCAACGCACUCAGGGAAUACCAGCUGGAGGGAGUCAAUUGGCUGCUCUUCAACUGGUACAACACACGCAACUGUAUACUGGCAGAUGAAAUGGGACUAGGAAAAACUAUCCAGUCCAUAACAUUCCUUUACGAGAUAUACUUGAAGGGGAUUUGUGGCCCUUUCCUGGUCAUUGCUCCCCUGUCCACCAUCCCUAAUUGGGAAAGGGAGUUCCGUACCUGGACAGAGCUCAACGUGGUGGUGUACCAUGGUAGCCAGGCCAGUCGGAGGACCAUUCAAGCCUACGAGAUGAAUUUCAGGGACUCUCAGGGUCGCGUGAUAAAGGGAGCCUACAAAUUCCAUGCUGUCAUCACCACAUUUGAGAUGAUCCUGACGGACUGCCCGGAGCUGCGGAAUAUCCAGUGGCGCUGUGUGGUCAUAGAUGAGGCCCACCGUCUUAAGAACAGGAACUGCAAGCUGCUGGAGGGGCUCAAAAUGAUGGACAUGGAACACAAGGUUCUUCUCACUGGGACGCCUCUGCAGAACACUGUGGAAGAGCUCUUCAGCCUGCUCAACUUCCUGGAGCCUGAGAGGUUCCCUUCGGAAUCUACUUUCAUGCAAGAAUUUGGAGAUCUGAAAACUGAAGAACAGGUGCAAAAACUUCAGGGCAUCCUGAAGCCUAUGAUGCUGCGCAGACUGAAGGAAGAUGUGGAGAAGAACUUAGCCCCCAAAGAAGAGACCAUCAUCGAGGUGGAGCUCACCAACAUCCAGAAGAAGUACUACCGGGCCAUCCUAGAGAAGAACUUUGCUUUCCUGUCCAAAGGCGGUGGUGGGGGAAACGCCAACGUGCCGAACUUGCUGAACACUAUGAUGGAGCUGAGAAAGUGCUGCAACCAUCCUUAUCUUAUUAAUGGUGCAGAAGAGAAAAUCCUGGAUGAAUUCAGGGAGACUCAUCAUUCAGAGUUUCCAGAUUUUCACCUCCAGGCGAUGAUCCAGGCUGCUGGAAAGCUUGUACUGAUUGACAAGCUGCUGCCGAAACUGAAGGCCGGCGGCCACAGAGUUCUCAUCUUCUCCCAAAUGGUGCGCUGCCUGGACAUUUUGGAGGACUACCUCAUCCAGAGGAGGUACCCGUAUGAGCGCAUUGACGGCAGAGUGAGGGGCAAUCUCCGACAGGCAGCUAUAGACCGGUUUUCCCGGCCUGAUUCGGACCGCUUUGUCUUCCUGCUGUGUACCAGAGCCGGUGGCCUGGGCAUCAACUUGACAGCAGCUGACACUUGCAUCAUCUUUGACUCGGACUGGAACCCUCAGAAUGACCUGCAGGCUCAGGCCAGGUGCCACCGGAUUGGGCAGAGCAAGGCUGUAAAGAUCUACCGCCUGAUCACCAGGAACUCGUACGAGAGGGAGAUGUUCGACAAGGCCAGCCUGAAGCUGGGUCUGGACAAGGCUGUGCUGCAGUCCAUGAGUGGCAGAGAAAAUGCUUCAAAUGGGGUCCAACAGCUGUCCAAGAAGGAGAUUGAGGACCUCCUUCGCAAGGGAGCCUAUGGGGCACUGAUGGACGAGGAAGACGAGGGCUCCAAAUUCUGUGAGGAAGACAUCGACCAGAUCCUGCAGAGACGAACGCAAACCAUUACAAUUGAGUCUGAAGGGAAAGGGUCCACUUUUGCCAAGGCGAGCUUUGUGUCCUCCGGCAACAGGACGGACAUUUCACUGGAGGACCCUGAUUUCUGGCAGAAGUGGGCGAAGAAAGCAGAACUCGAUAUGGACGUAAUCCAUGGAAGGAACAACCUGGUAAUUGACACGCCACGGGUCCGAAAGCAGACCCGUCACUACAGCUCGGUGAAGGAGGAUGAAAUGAUGGAGUUCUCUGAGCUGGAGAGUGACUCAGACGACAGACCUGUGCCGAAGCCACGCCGGCCACUGGACAAGUCUCAGGGCUACCCACGCAGCGAGUGCUUCCGAGUGGAGAAGAACCUGCUGGUCUAUGGCUGGGGCCGCUGGGGAGACAUCCUGUCCCAUGGACGCUUCAAGCGUCCCCUCAGGGAGCAGGACGUGGAGACCAUCUGCAGGGCGCUGCUGGUCUACUGCCUCCACCACUACAGGGGCGAUGAGAACAUCAAGAGCUUCAUCUGGGACCUGAUUACACCCACGGAGGACGGGCAGACCCGUGCCCUUCUCAACCAUUCCGGGCUGUCUGCUCCAGUGCCCCGGGGCCGGAAGGGCAAGAAGGUGAAGAGCCAGGCAGCGCAGCCCUACACAAGGCAAGCAGACUGGCUGGCCAAUUGCAACCCUGACACCCUGCUCCAAGAGGACAGCUACAAAAAGCACCUGAAGCACCACUGCAACAAAGUCCUGCUGCGGGUCCGCAUGCUCUACUAUCUCAGGCAAGAAGUCAUCGGCGACCAGGCAGACAGGAUCUUAGAGGGCGCUGAUUCAAGUGAAAUAGACAUUUGGAUCCCACAACCAUUCCACGCUGAAGUGCCUACUGAUUGGUGGAACAGAGAGGCGGACAAAUCCCUUCUCAUCGGAGUCUUCAAACAUGGCUAUGAGAAGUACAACUCAAUGCGUGCAGACCCGACCCUGUGCUUCCUGGAGCGAGUAGGCAUGCCUGAUGCCAAGGCCAUCGCUGCAGAGCAGAGGGGAGCUGACAUGAUGGCAGAUGGUGCUGAUGGGGGUGAUUUUGACCGAGAAGAGGAUGACCCUGAGUACAAGCCAGCCAGAAUGGCCUUCAAAGAUGAAAUGGAUGAGUUUGCAGAUUCACCGUUGGAUGAUAAGGAAGAGCCCCUGGAUGCUGAAAGCUUAGGCAAGCCUAGUGAGAGUCAGGACUUUGGUACGCUCUACUGGCCUGGCAGCUCAGCACUGACCACGCGGCUUCGGCGGCUCAUCACAGCCUACCAGCGUAGUUACAAACGGGAGCAGAUGCGUCAGGAGGCCCUGACCAAGACAGACCGCAGGAGGCGUCGACCUCGGGAGGAGGUUCGCGCCAUGGUAGCUGAGAGGGAGGCAAUCAUCACAGAGCGCAGGCAGAAGUGGACCAGGAGGGAGGAGGCGGACUUCUACCGUGUAGUGUCCACCUUUGGUGUCGUGUAUGAUGUCCGCAAGCAUCGUUUUGACUGGAACCAGUUCCGGGCCUUCGCCAGACUGGACAAGAAGACAGACGAAAGCCUGGAGAAAUACUACUAUUCCUUUGUGGCCAUGUGCAAACGGGUGUGUCGCAUGCCUAUCAAACCCAAUGAAGAGCCCCCAGAUCCCACCAUCCUCAUGGAGCCCAUUACAGAAGAGCGUGCCUCGCGGACACUCUACCGCAUCGAGCUGCUGCGCCGCAUCCGUGAACAGGUGCUGCCACACCCCGAACUGGAGGCACGCCUCCGGCUAUGCCAGCCCAGCCCUGAGCUGCCCGAGUGGUGGGAAUGCGGCCGGCAUGACCGCGACCUGCUGCUUGGAGCUUCCAAGCAUGGAGUCAGCCGCACAGACUACCACAUCCUCAAUGACCCUGCGCUGGGCUUCCUUGAGGCUCACCGCCGUUUCGCUCAGGCUAAGGGUGUGAACAGUUCCCUGCCUACAGCCCAGGGGCCUCCUCUCACCCCCGCUGCCCUUGUCAAGAAGGAAGAAGAGGGCCAAGAGCCUCUGCUGCCUACCAAGGUGGAAGACGAGGAGGCCCUUGAGGGUGAAGAGAAGGAGGAGCCCGAGAAGGAAGAAAGCAAGGCUUACUCUCCUAAAGCAGGGGUGAAGGAUGAGAAGGAAAUGGAACAGCCCAGUGAACAGGAGGACAAGGAGCAGCCCAGCAAUGUCAAGUCUGAGGAAGAGGGCAGCAUUCCAGUGAAGGCCAAGCAGGAAAGCGAGGAACCAGAGGGGCAGGAAAGCAAGGAACCAGAGGGACAGGAGAACGCAGAAGUGCUUGCAGCCUCCGAGUCUAAGUCUUUGUCUGAGAAAGGCUCCGAGGAGGACGAGGAUGAUAAGAUGGACGAGGAUUAUAAAUCUGAGGAAUCUUCUCAUGCUGAAGCUGGCACCACCUCCCAGGGGAAAAACUUUGAUGAGGAAAGCAAUGCCUCCCUCAGCACCACACGUGAUGGCUUCUACAUUGAAGAUGGCGGGGAGUCGGCUGCCCAGGCUUUCCAUGAGCGUUCCUUCUCCUUCUCCUUCUGGCCCAAGGACCGGGUGAUGAUAAACCGAUUGGACAACAUCUGUGAAGCUGUGGUCAAGGGCAAGUGGCCCGUGAACCGACGCCAAGUCCUGGACUUCCCGAGCAUAAUGCCUGGUUAUGGGACCCCUGCUGCUGACAGCCCCCUCCAGAGACGCAGCUUUGCCGAGCUGUCUAUGGUGGGCCAGGCCAACUACAGUGGCAGUGAGGAUGUCACCUUGUCCCCAAAGAUGUCCAAGGAUGAGAUGCUGAGCAUGACUGUUCCCCGACAGCGCCGGCGCCGAAGGAGGAAGGUGGAGAUUGAGGCGGAGCGGGCGGCCAAGCGCAGGAAUCUGAUGGAGAUGGUGGCGCAGCUGAGGGAAUCCCAUGCCACCGACGGCCACGAGCGGGCCAUGGACCUGACUAAAGCCCUGCGGGAGGCCACCACUUCUACCUCAAACCUCUCUUCCAAGUUUCUCUUGCCCAGCGCCUCCACCCCGCCCUCUGAUGCCUUUAAAACUCAGAUGGAGUUGCUGCAAGCAGGUCUCUCAGGGACCCCCAACCGGCACCUCAUGAAUGGCUCCUUUCUGGAGGGGGACUUGCCUGUGAGAAGGAGAAGGGGCCGCCGGAAAAAUGUGGAGGGGCUAGACCUUCUCUUCAUGGGCAACAAAAGGGCAGCACUGAAUGCUGAGGACUCAGAAGUGACCAAAGCUUUUGUGGAGGGAGUGCACCUACCGCCACAGGCCCAGAGGAACAUUCCAUCCCCCGGCCAGCUUGACCCAAACACUCGCGUCCCUGUGAUCAACCUGAAGGACGGCAGCCGGCUCGUUGGUGAAGACGCUCCCACCAACAAGGACCUGGUCGAGUGGCUCAACCAGCACCCCACCUACAUUGUUGACAUGCCAAGUUAUGUACCAAAGAAUGAGGACCAUCUCCUCUCGCCGUUCCAGAAGCCGAAGCAGAAGAGGCACCGGUGUCGCAAUCCCAACAAGAUCGACAUCAACACACUGACCGGGGAGGAGCGGGUGCCAGUGGUGAACCGUAGGAAUGGAAAGAAGAUGGGAGGAGCAAUGGCCCCCCCCAUGAAGGACUUGCCAAGGUGGCUUGAAGAAAACCCGGAGUUUGCAAUAUCCCCAGACUGGACAGACAUUGUCAAGCAAUCGGGCUUCCUCCCAGAAUCCAUGUUUGACCGCCUUCUCACUGGGCCAGUGGUGCGGGAGGAGGGAGCCAGACGCAGAGGCAGGAGACCAAAGAGUGAGAUCACCCGGGCAGCAGCGCAGGCAGCAGCAGCAGCAGCCGCCGCCGCCGCCUCUUCCUCAGGCAUCAACCCCUUGCUGAUGAGCAGCCUGUUUGGUGGCAUGGACCUGGCUAGUCUGCAGAACCUCCAGAGCCUGCAGAGCUUGCAGCUGGCCGGCCUCAUGGGCUUCCCACCGGGCCUGGCUGCUGCAGCCGGUGGCGACGCCAAGCACGCCUCCACCAUGCUGCCCCUCAUGCUGCCCGGCAUGGCUGGGCUGCCCAACAUGUUUGGCUUGGGCAGCCUCUUCAACAACUUAACGUCUGCAGCUGCUGCAGUGUCUGCCGGCGGCACCUCUGCUGCCGGCCAGACUGAGCCCGAGGAAGCGUCCGCAGCUGUGACCGAGGAGAAGAAGAGCGAGGAAGAGGCAGAGCAGAAGGAGCCGGAGAAGGCCCCCGAGGCCUCGGCCGAGGCGAACGGGGAGACCUCUAUCAACUCGGCGGCCGCCGCAGCAGCAGCUGCUGCAGCCGCCAGCAUGUCCACAAACCCCUUGGCCUUCAACCCCUUCCUGCUGUCAACGAUGGCCCCAGGUCUUUUCUACCCCUCCAUGUUCCUUCCCCCCAGCCUGGGUGGCCUGGCUCUGCCAGGCUUCAACCAGGCCUCGCUAGCCGGACUGCAGGGUGCCGUGACGGGAGCAGAGGCCGGGGCUGGCGCCACAGGGGGGGAGGAGGAGGAGGAGGAGGAGAAGGAGACCGGCGCCGACCCUGCUGCCAAAGCUCAGGCCGAGGUGGCAGACGGGGACAACACACUGGAGGACAGCGACACGGACGAGAGCCAGAACAAGACGGCCGAGUCUUCGGUGCUGGAGGACGAGCUGGGCCCAGCUGAGGAGCUGGACUCCCUCGACGGAGGAGAGGAUGCAGAGGAAGAUGAGGACAACGGAGACUAGUUCCUUCCCGCCACUUUCAAGAAGUGUUUUAAACUUUUUGACAAAUGGUUAGCCCUACUGUUUACAUGCCAGUUAAAUAUCCAAAUAUUUAGAUUUUGGCUUUUUGUUUUUUGGUUUGUUUUGUUUUUAUUUCGUUUUCCACAGCAAAAUGAAAUGGGAAAACAAAAAGCUGUCUGAAGUAGCAUAGUGCAAAAUAAGUCAUGUUACAUGGAUGUCAGAAUGGUUGUUCCUUGGUCUGAGUAUUGUGCAGUGCAUUAUUUAUUAUCCAAGGAGAGUUGAGAUUUCAAAACCCUUUAUCUGAAAUCUUUUAGGAAUAAAUUGCUUAAAUAGUGCUCUGCGGCUCUUAUUUUCCCCCCUACCGUCUAACUGUGUCAACAAACAGCAACAUUUGUAAUCCAGUGGCACACAUAUUAAAUGGCAUUAGUGACUGCUGCUGUAAGGAAUGAUGUAUAUUUAUCUUUUUCCUUUUUUGUACUGUUUUUUUUGCUGUGAAGAUCAGGAUGAAAUUCAUACAUAUCAUGCCUACACUCUUUUAGACUGUUUGGAGUUUCACAAGCUGACAAUCUAAACAAAGGUGUGACGUUGAGCUCAGCCUGUGGACACAGCAAUAAUUAAGGCAGCUGCUGAAUGUUAUUUUACUCAGACUACAACACCGGGAGGGUGGCCGCGACAUUUGAAACGAUGGAAGAAAAAUACUACCGUUUUUUGGAGUGGUUUUUUUUUUUUUUUUUUUUUUUUUUUUCUUUCUUC